GAUAAAAAACCUCACAAGUGUAAGGUGUGUGCAAAAGGAUUUGCUAGAAACAGUGAUUUGACUAAACAUGCAAGAAUUCACACCAACGACAGACCAUUCAAAUGUGAUAUCUGUGGUAAGUCUUUUAAUAGAAGUUGUUCCUUAUCAGAACAUAAGAGAAUUCAUACUGGAGAUAAACCCUUUAUUUGUGGUAUUUGUAAUAAAAAUUUCUAUAGAAAUAGUGAUCUGCAUAAACACAUGAGAAUCCACAGUGGUGAGAGACCGUACAAAUGUGAAACAUGUUUUAAAACAUUCGCUCUCAGUUGUAACUUAAAAUCUCACAUGUUCACUCACACAGGUGUGAAACCCUUUUCUUGUAAAAUCUGUGGUAAAUCAUUUAAUAGAAAUUCUAAUCUACAAACUCAUUUAAAAAGUCAUAGUGAAGAGAAACCUUAUGAAUGUGGAGUGUGUGGUCAUAGUUUUAAACUGAACAGUCACUUACAAACUCAUUUAGAAACUCAUAAUGGACUUCGACCUUUUUCUUGUAAGUUGUGUGAUCGUUCUUUUAAUAGGAACAGUAACCUUCAAGCUCAUAUGGUGAUACAUACAGGUGAAAAGUCAUUCGGAUGUCAAUUUUGUGGAAAGACGUUCUAUCGGAAUGGAAAUCUGCAGGCUCACAUGAAAACACAUGUUAAGCCAAAACCAGUGGAAUGUGAAUUCUGUAAGAAGGUUUUAUAUGGACGUAGUAGCUAUAUGAGACAUAGACGAAUACACACUGGUUAUAAACCUCAUCUGUGUAAAUAUUGUAACAGACCAUUUACACUUAGUCAUCAUUUAAAAAGACAUUUAUUAACUCAU